AUGCGCGGCCUCUACCUCUCGUUCUGUCUCGUUGCGGUCGCGAAUGCCGCCCAGGUUUACAUUUAUCCCAGACCAAAGUCUCUUCCGAAUGGUAUUCCACCUGCACAUGCCAGCUCUGUGAUUGCCUACCACCUCCAGCUCGAAGAGUUUGAACCAGCGAAGGACACCCAAAUCCUCACCAAAUACUUCUCCCAUCAUGGAGGCUUUGUAGGUAGUGGGAUAAAGAGCUCAUUGCUGCUGAGGGUAGACGAGGACGAUGCCCGAGAUGUCAUUCCGCAAGACUUCAAACCCUCAAUUAACAUGAUACCCUCGCCACCAUCCAGUGCCUUCGCUUCCAUGUUCCAAACCUCGCUUUCCCGAGCGCAUGAAGUCUACUCUGAGACAUUCACCCUCCCCUCGCCCGACUCUCCAUCAUACACCAUUCCCCGCCUCCUCGACAUCUUCUCCCUCUCCUCAGUCUCCACCGACAAAUUCCUUACCGAAGCGUCCGCUCUCAUUGACUUCCUCGAGACUCCCUUACCAGCCGACACGACUAAAUUCGGCGCGUUCGAGAUCGAGGGUUUGAGGGCUAUCAAGGAAGAGUAUGGAAAGGACAGCGAGCAAUACACCCUGGCUGUUUCCACGUUGAAGGCAACCAUGGAAAGCAUCAUGACCAAGGACGACCUCCACCUCGUCUUGCUCACUGCCCCUCCUCCUACGACCGAGGAGCCACCCGCCGGGAUGCAGAGGAGGCAAUCACAAUCACCCGCCAUGGCACCUAGCUUCAGGGCUGCUCAAGAGUCUAUCUCAGGCUGCUUUACUACAGCGGAUUCGUGCUCUAACGGGACGAGCGCUUGCUCCGGAAGGGGAGAGUGCGUUGGUGUGUUGAAGGCCGGAAGGACGUGUUAUGUCUGUUCGUGUGUGAGGACACAGGACGACAAGGGCAGGACGGAGAACUGGGCCGGUCAGAGCUGUGAGAGGAAGGACGUCAGCGAAUCUUUCGUGCUCCUGACCGGAACUGUCAUCGCAUUGCUCGUCAUGGUUGGCGGGUCCAUCGGUUUAUUGUACGGAAUCGGAAGCCAGGACCUGCCGAGCGUUUUGACCGGUGGUGUAGCCGGUGGUCAUAAGAGGGAGUGAACAAUCCAUGGCGUCUCAGGAUUCUUCGAGAGGUUGUUGAAGUAUGCGCUCCAAUGGCGGAUGGCUUUGGGGCAUGUAGGAGUGGACCAAGGACUGCUUACGAUGGAUUCAUGUCCAUUUUAUAUUCAUGUUCCUCCUUAAUCAACUUUUUGCAUUCCCCUCAUACUCCAAGCUGCGCUGACUGCAGUUGGGAGCGCUCGCGACGGAUUAUCUAUAAGUACACAAUUUUUACAGAUAUUACAAGCAAAAUCAA